AUGGCGACCGAAACUCGGAUCACUUAUUCGCCAGACAAAGUCUGGAUCGAGAAGUUCAUCAGUCUCCUGAGCCGUUCGUACAUUUCCACCCCACUGACCACUGCCUUUAUCACCGAAAUCGACAAGACCCCGUCCUCGGCCCAUCGAAGCGAUGUUAUCACCACAGACCGUCUCACAAAACAUUUCACACUGGGCAUUACCGCUGCCGCUCGGAGCAACGUGGUUCUAGUCGAGUCUGGCGAUUUUACCGCUGCGGCGCUCUGGGAACCACCCGACUUUUGCGGCAUUCCUCCUUCCCAAGCUCGUGCGAACCCUGGUCCUAUAUUACAAGAAUGGCGAAGCACUGCCCGCAAGCUCAAGGCAAAAUACCUUGCUGUCCCAGAUACGGGCCCUCAUAGCUACGACCAGCCUGCAGCUCCGUCUCAAUCUUCCGGAGCCCCGUCUGAAGACCCAUACCCUGCAGAUUUCAACAAAGAUACCGACUAUGAGACCCGACCCUUUUAUCACCUGGCUAUACUGGCCCGGGAUCCCGACGUGGAUCAGAAAAAGUCGUCUGCCGCCUUCGUCGCGACGAUGGAUGUGCUCUUGAAUAAGGCCAAACAGGAGAGGGUGCCCGUAUACCUAGAGACUGCAGCAGUGUCGUCCAGAGAUGAGUAUCAACAGCUGGGAUUCAAGGUGCUCGAAGAGGUAGUCAUAGGCAAGGGAAGGGUUGAUGCCAGUGGCUGGCCUAAGGAAGGGGGUGAGGGUGUCAAGACAUGGGCCCUGAUAUAUGAAGAGCAUCUGAAUUAA